UCCAUAACAGUUGAAAGAGAACCUGCACCACAUGAUCAAUCCCUUUGACUAGACAAAUGAACGGCUAGUAUUCAACCAGUUGCAACUCGGUUUCAACACUUAUUGACCACCAAAUCAGAUUUGCCCUAUUUUCUCUUUAUAAAUACCCUGGACCUGGACCCUGGAAUUCUCAAUGACCUCUUUAGUUUGUGGAAAACAAAAAGAAAAACCUCCAUGGCCUACUCUUAUCAUGAAAGAAGAAGCUCCAUCUUUGAUUUGUUUUCUUUAAACCCACUGCCAUAUCCAGUUCUCUUAAUCCUGGCAGUGAUAUCAAUAUUUCUUGGGAUGUCAUGGUACUUCUCUUAUGAAGAAGCUGUUGAGGCUGCAGAGGAAACAAUGGGUUGGGCACUAUUGGCUGUGCCAGUUGUGUUGAUAUUUCUAGUUCGCUGGUUGUCAUCUAUGGAAAAUCAUGACAUGUUCUUUGGCUGGUCGCCUUGGGACAAGCGCGGCCGGACUUACUACGGCCCAUCGUCGUCGGAGGGGAGCUCACCGUGGGGUGUUGCUGCCUUGAUUGUGUUGCUGUUGAUUUUGUUGCGGUUUCAAUCUGUCUUUCUUGAUAGCUGGUUUGGUUGAUGUUUUAGUUAAGACUUUGUUGGUUAAUUAAUUACAAGUGAUGUUUGUUUUUGAUAGAAGCUGCUUUAGAUUUGUGUGUGUGUGUGUGUGUAUAUGUAGUAUGAUGUUUUGAACAAGUGAGAUUUCAAUCCUAUUUUCAUGUGUUCAUA